AUGGCUGAAAACGCCCCCCUGCCUGAGCCUGGAUCUUUAAAGGUGACAGACGAAAUCUUUAUGGUGGAAUGUCUUAAAAACCUUCAGACACCUGCUGUCGUCGACGUCGCUGCUGUUGCUGUGGCGUUGGGGUACUCCAACGCAGACUCAGUCGGCAACCGCGUGUCCCGUUUGAAGAAAAAGUUCAAUCUCCGUCUGACUACUACAGUUGGCUCAAUUGUCAACGAUGGCAACAACAGCGGGUUGCCUAAUGCUUCCCCCCUUACUCCUCGCAAGAGAAUUCGAACUCCAAAAGCUACUAAAACUACAGCCAAUGGAGAAGGCGCGCAUGGAGAUACCACCCCGAAGGUGAGGAAGACAGCAACUCCUCGUAAGAAAAAAAAUGUUACUGCAGUCGCUCCUCCUGAAGGGGGAAUCGGCCAUACCACCACCUACGCAAAAGACUCCAAGACGGAAGUCAAAACUGAAGACACGCUUAUCAAGGCCGAAAAUGAUGAUCCCUAUGUUUAG